CAGGUAAAGGAUCUUAACUGUAUACUCUCUAUUUUCAUUUCCUCCUCGAACGAACUCUUCUCUACGAACCAAAGAGCGAUUCGUUAACGGAGGCCGGAGUUAUCAGAAUCGGAAUCGGUGACGGUGACAGAGAGACAGCAUGGUGGUGGAGCUGUUUUGUUUCAUCGCCGUUGUUGUAGUACUUAAGUACUUCUUUUACGAUGACGAUGUAAUCGAUGUUGGAUCCUCCGAUUUCAAUGCUCUAUUUACUGUUGCCGAAAGGCUUGAGAAGCUUUAUGAUGGUAAGGCUCAUGUUGGGCUUCAAAUUCCUGACCAGGACUCUGGUUCUCGACAGAGUAUUGAUGUAGUUCUCGUCACUAGAAGGGAAGCAAUGAUAGUUUGUGUAAAGAAUGUAGCAGGGUUUAUAUCUGUUGAUAAGGACGGGAGAUGGGUUUGUACUGGAAGCCAUAAGACGGAGCGUCUCCCCAAUCCUGUAGCAGAAGCAAAACAAUUAGUUCCUAUUCUUGAAUCCUACGUUGAACAAAGGGGCAUCACUCUUCCCGAAGGAUAUUUGUCUUGCAAAGUCAUAUGUUCAAACCCCAAUUUCUGUACCAUUGACUCAGACUCUUUUCCCUCUGAGGUCAUAACAUAUGACCAAUGGAUACAACUAAAACCCGAAUCAAACAUGCUUUCUGGUUGGAUUAAAGGUGCAUUUCAUGGUGGGAAGAAGGACGUACAGGAAUCAAUACGUGAGAAGCUUAAUCUUGUACUCAGCACAGCUCCAAUGUGGGACAGGUUAGAGCUCAAAGGUAAUAAAUUUGUCCUUGGAGAGUUUCUCGAGUUCAAAGGGGAUAAUGAAGAUAUUCGGGCAUUGGGAAACAUCAGGAGAUCAAAAGUUAGUACAGUGACAAUCCAGAAAAGAAGCAUGUUUGGUGUAGCUCCUUCCAAGCUGGAAGUACGCUACUGUCUUCGAGAUUAUCGUGGUGAAGGCGCUUCAGCUUCUGACUGGACAGAAGUCACUGUCCAUUCCAGGACUGAGAUCAAAAUUCAACCAAAAGGUUCAACCAAAGUACGCAAAUACAAGUUAUCCUCAGUUAUUUCCAUGUCAUUAAGUGCCUGACAUGUCCGUGGAAAGUCAUAUGGGCAUUGAUCGUUGCGAUGGAGUGUUUUAAUAAAUUUGUUUUGAUUCUGAACCUCGUUUUUCCUUCAGAAGUUCUAAGUUGAUGUAUGUAACUAUUUUGUUGUGUAUAUCCUAUCAAGUGUAGCAAUUCUGGGUCAAAAUGUAAAAUGGAGAAAGGGCUCCAUUAGUAGUGAAUAGUAAACAUAGGAGGAGGAUGGUAUAAUGUAACAAAAUUCUGGUAUGAUAGAGCAAAUUACCGGUAAUGUUUUAAAGGGUCUUGGUUGAGGCCCAAGUUAUUAGAAUUUACAAUAUGAACUGAAGAA